CAAACAAAACAAAUAAAAUAUACUGAAACGGUGUGGUGCAUCUGCUGUUUUCGUAUAUAUUUGUGUGUAGCCGCGAGGAUAUCGAAAUAGCCUAACUGUGCUGGUAUACGGAAAUAUGAAGAGACGGAAUGCCGAGUGCGGGAAAAUCAGACGACCCGGCAAGCGAGCAAAAAUAACUGAAGGCAUUUACGGCAGCACGUUUGUGUACAUCAAGUUCCUCCUUCUGUGGGCACUGCUGCUGCUGGCCGACUUCAUCCUGGAGCUGCGCUUUGAGUUCCUCUGGCCCUUCUGGCUGCUCCUGCGCAGCGUGUAUGAUUCGUUCAAGUACCAGGGACUGGCCUUCUCGGUGUUCUUUGUGUUCAUCGCCCUCACGUCAGACAUGAUCUGCUUCCUGUUCCUGCCCGUCCACGUCCUUUUCUUUGUGGCCAGCACGUAUGUGUGGGGGCAGUACGUCUGGCACACAGGUAUGGCUGAACGGGGAAUCUGUCUUCCGACCCUGUCGCUGUGGCUGUUUUUCAUGUACAUAGAAGCAACAGUGCGGCUCAAAGACAUAAAAAACACGGCCUUCCACUUAGAUCUGUGCAGGCCGUUUGCAGCACAUUGCAUAGGUUAUCCUAUGGUUACAAUGAGCUUCUGUGUAAAAAGCUACAUUGGCUACAGGAUGCGACUUAGAAAGCAGAAAGAAGUGGCCAAGGAGAACGACUUCUACCUUCAGCUCUUACAACAGGCGUUGCCUCCAGAACCUCCUAGUAUAACGUCGAGCAGCUCUGACAAAACGCUGUGCAAGCUGGGUGAGGAAAGCCCCCCGGCCAGCAACGGGUUCCUGGGGAGCCGCAAGGCACGGUACGCGGAGGCAGACGUCAAGGGCCACUCAACUGCGCCGACGGACAAGCAUGAGUUUGAGUGCCAGCAGGCGGCCGACACAGAAGGCAGCACAGCACCGCCGCCACGCCGCACAUCCAGUGUGAACGACUUUGAUGCCAGCACCGAUGAAGUGCGUGACAAGACUGCUUUCAAAGUGAAUGGCGUUUGCAGCAAUGGUGGCAGCGGCGUGUUGUCUUCCAACGUCACGGCGCGGUCAUCCAAGUGGAACCAGCAGCAGCAGGCCAACUGCGCGAAGGAGGCAGUGUCGACUGCCUCCGGCAGCAGCACAAGCCGGCGAGCAGCCAAGAACAACUGCACGACGACAAACAACAAUCUGAGCAGUUCGUCGCUCACGGCGACGCCGCUUGCUGUUGCGGGCCACCAUCCUAGGGAUGAGCACUAUCAGAGGCUGGAGGCCGACAUCAAGCGGCUCAAGACAGACCUGCAGGCGAGUCGACAGACGGAGCAGGAGCUGCGGUCACAGCUGCACAGUCUAAGUGCAGGGGAGCGGUCCGUCAAGAACGAGCUACUCCAGCUACAGCAGGAUAACGAGAGCCUGCAGAACAAGCUGCACAACCUAGUGACAGCGCGACAGCAGGACAAGUCCAACGUCAGCCUGCUGGAGAAGCGGCUGCAGGAGGAGAGGAAGCUCCGUGGCGUCUUGGAGACGCAACUCAGCCAGGAGCGCAAGGCCAAGAAGGCUGAGGAAGCCGCAGCCGCACGGGCAGCGGUCGCCAUGGCCACAGCGAGGAGUGAGUGCACAGAGAGCUGCAAAGCGCGGCGGCGAGACCUCGAGAACGACGUGCGGCAGCUCAGGAGGGACCUCAAGGUCCGAGAGGACCAGAUGCGUGCCAUGGAGCGGGAGGCGCAAUCUCUGCGGCAGUACAAAGACUCUAUUGGGGACACGGAGAUCCUCAUGUCUGCACUGUCAGCCAUGCAAGACAAAAACGCACACCUGGAGAACUCACUCAGCGCAGAGACGAGGUUAAAGAUGGAUCUCUUCUCGGCACUUGGCGAGGCGAAGCGACAGCAGGAAAUUUGCCAAGCAAUGCUGACACACAAGGAGAAGGAGGUCGAGGACCUGAAGACCAAGAUAGCUGAGGUGAUGGCGGUGAUGCCCGCCACCAGCACCUACCCGGUGUCACCCUCGUCCGUGCCACUCGACUCAGAGCUGGUGUCGUCCCUCCUGUACAGCCCCAAGUUCAUCACGGCACCCUGUCCCGCCACCGAGGAGAAGAAAAUCCCGAAGUCCAACCUGGACCCAAAUGCCUCCGUCUACACGCCCAAGAUGGUCCCUUCUGACCACUGAGCACUUUUGGCCUCACUCAACCCACACACACACACACAUACACACUCCGACACACCACCGCUUUCUCUUCUCCCCAGCUUGAAUGGUUUGUUGUACUUUCCCCCCUAAGGUGGCCGGAAGUCGUUAAAAAAAAAAAAAAACUUUGUUGACAUACACGAAUGUAACAUUUAUCAUUAUUAAUGGCCCGAAAGGGAAGAGCAUAUGAUGAGGCACUACAAUCUGGCACUAUCACUGCUGAUGGCUGGCAAGGCUUUGUAGUAGAAAAAGAGAGAUUAAAAAGAAAAACGAGUAAAGAACAGCUGCUGGUGCCUGCUACCUCUUCUGUCUCGGGUGGUUAAUAAUCAUAACUGUCUCUUCUUCGUAGCAGUGGCCUCCUGUAGUUGCGGGAGCCAAGGUGAGCAAACACACGUGCCGGUUUCUUUUUCCUUUCAUUGCGCGUGGAGGCGGAGGAUGUUUGUCACAGACUAUCGCUGCACCCCCCCCCCUCCCUUUUUCCUUCUCCCCUCUGCCUUGCCCACCUCUUUUACGCCUGCAUUGUGUGCGAGAGUGUGCAUGUCGAGAGCCUACACAGUGAGUGUGAAUUUCAUGCCCUUCCCCCUGGGCUUUGCGGGUUUAGAAAAAAUUGGCCAUCAUUAUGCACGUCUUCUUCAUCACAAUUGUUAUUGCAUUUGCUCCUGGGGCUGAUUUCUCAAUUACGACCACACCCUGGCCAGCCACUCGCACAUUCAGAUUGUUCAGAUUCUCUCGUCCCCGCCUUCUCUGUUGUUUUGUCUGCCGCUGCAGAAGUGAACGUCACCAUGCUUGUCAUUCAUGCUCUUUCGUUGCUGCGGGGAAGCACUUGUUUAUUUCGCUCUUCUGCAAAAUGCAGCAUAAUGCUUUCUGGUGUCUUUCUUAACCUACCCCUCCCCCAGCUUUCCAAGCGCUACUAUUAUGCGUGGCUCAUGUAAUGUCCAUGUCUUUUUUGGAAUGGACACACCUUGCCUGUUCUUUUUUUUUUUUUUUUCUUGCAUCAUUUUUACCUCCUUUUCUUUUCUGCCUCUCUUCUGAGCUCUAAAGAGAAAAUGCAUUUUUCUUUUUUCUUGUUCUUUUUCGUGCGCACAUUUUAGCUUGUUCAUACAUCUGCCUGAUGGUUGUACAAAAGGGGUAACUUAUUUUUUGUGUUCUCAUCAUUCAUGAGUGCCAUUGAGAAAAAAAGAGCACUUGACAAGGAUGCCCAGCCAGCUGUAGCUGAUAAAACGUCGCUGAUAAGACAGGAAGCGUGCACUGGGGCAAGAACCUAGAGUUCCUUCGCACAUGGUGAGGAAAAAAAGAAUUGUGCCAAGAAAAAGCCUGUCGCACACUUGCAGUUGGCAUUUAUUUCGUGUUCUUGCCCUUAAUUUUUUUAUUUUUUUUUAUGCUGAGCUGUUGUGGCUUGAUUAUUGAGCCCCCCCCCCCCCUCCUUUUUUUUCAGUACUUCAGCUUGGUAUUGGACACAACACCGAAGAGAGAGAGGGUCCCAGAGAUAUUACUUUUUCAUUAUUAUUAUUUCGAGCUUGUCUUUUGGCAGUUAAAUUUUGCUCUUCUUUCACAUUCAUUGCUAUUUUAAGUUUAUGAUCAGGUCAUGAUCUCAUUGUCACCUCACAUGCGUACCAUCACAUUCAUGUACAAUAUGCGCCUGUUUCAAAUGCACCUUUUCCCUGCCCUUUGGCUCCCCACCCAAGCCCCCCCCAUGCCCCCUUUUUGUCUAGUCUUAUCCUCCACCAUUUCGAGAGGUCACAUUGUUUUAUUUUUUUCUUGUUCUUCAAAAGGAAAUGAAGAACUAAAUUUGGGCAGCUCAGCCUCAAUGGGAUAUCAGGCCAGCAUGUGACGAAAACCAAGAAUCUGGUGGUGUGCUGGAACAUCAGGCAUUUUUAUUUAAUGCAUUAGAGAAAUGCUUGCAUCAAACCAGUGGGUUCUGCGAGUUUAUUUUUUGGCUGUACAUAUAUAUACUUUCUUUCUUCCCCAUUUUCUAUAGAUAAUGUGUACUGCUGUACGGGACAGGGACAUAAAAGGUUCUCUGAACGUUCCAGCGUACAGCUUGCUGAAUACAGGGUUUAUGAAGUACUGCCAGGUCUUAGGACUCUUUCCAAAGAAAUGUGGCAUGUAUAAGUAAAAAACGCGGUCACGGUAGCCUGGUCCGUCAUAUAAAGGCUAUAGCAGUGGUCUCGUUUCAAGGGGCAACCUUGUCUAGAAAUGUAAGGCUCCAGGAAGUAAAACGUCCAUUGAGUGCUGAGCUUUUAUCGUUUUGUUUUUUUUUUUCUUCUCCGCACGAGUUGCAGUGUGCACUGCAGCUGGCGUUGUCAACACUGUGUGUUUCGAACUCCACCCCCCACCCCACCCCUUCCUGCCCAUGUCCCUUGCGUCUACUUACGGAGAGCAAGCAGUGGGUAUCCAGCCAACGAUGACAUCUGUCUGUGGUUUAUGUGAUGCGCCCUAGAGUAAACGAAAGAGAAAACUUUCAAGGAGGAAUAAAAUGUGGCUUCCUCGGC